AUGGCACAGGCUAAACGUCGAGUCUCGUACGUGAUACCACCACCAACUACCCCGGUACCCCAGCUCUCACUCCCGCCUCGCGGAAUCCCUCGUCUAGGGAGCAUCGGCCCCUUGUUGAUCCCAGCCAAAGGCGCACACGAUGAUAGAGGUAAAUAUGUCGCUCCCCAAACCAAGGAACACCCCCGGCAUCGAUUGGGCGUAGCGUCGCUGGCGCUGGACACGUCGACUCGCCUAGCUGGUCGGUCGUCUCCGGAAGGCAUCUUAUACAGCGGAGGUCGCGAUGGGCUGCUUCUAUCUUGGGACCUAGGUAUACCGAUGAAGCGUCGGGCUAGCCCGAGUAAUCCCUCCUUGUCGAGACCCGUGGCCCGGUGGGAGAUGAUGACUGGGUGGGGAGACGAUGUGAUAGACGAGGAGAACGAAGAGGACUCUGAGCGCCCGCAGAGCGAUGGAGAUGUGCUAGGCGAUGUCACAGGAGGUCUCCACCGACGGAGAAGGGCUCGGACAGCCGCUUCGUCGACAGACGACCAGAUACAAUACGAACAGCAAUGGGAAACGGACAUUGAAUCAUUCAAGCCCGGCGUCCAUAGUCACUUCCGCCAGUGCGCACAAUUGCACACCGACUGGGUGAACGAUAUCCUUCUCUGCAACUACCAUCAGACGUUGGUCUCGGCAUCGUCAGAUGGGACCGUCAAGGCCUGGAAUCCGCACUCGGCAGAAGCGCACGAGCCGUCCUUGUUGGGUUCACAUUCGGACUAUGUUCGCUGUCUCACGAAUUGUCGGGAGCAGAAUUGGGUAGCGUCUGGAUCAUUUGACCGUACGAUCAAAUUAUGGGACCUUAGUCGUUCUAUUUCCAACGUCGAAGCGAAUGGCGCACCUCCCUCCUCCAGUCCUCUCAUCACGCUUAAUCCAAUAGAUGCAUCGGCUCCGAAAUCGUCUAUUUAUUCCCUUGCCACUGAUCCAUACGGCCACAUUAUUGCUUCUGGUUCUCCUGAGCGCGUCAUCCGAUUGUGGGACCCCCGUUCGGGAAAGCGCACUGGUAAACUAGUUGGGCAUACGGAUAACAUCAGAUCGAUCUUAAUUUCUGAGGACUCGAGAUACCUACUUACUGGCUCCGCAGAUGCAUCUAUCAAGCUUUGGUCUCUCUCUUCUCAACGAUGUCUCCACACAUUCACCCACCAUACUGAAUCAGUCUGGUCAUUGCACUCCUCGCAUCCCUCAUUUGAGAUCUUCUACUCCGGAGAUCGUUCGGGGUUGGUAUGCAAGGUAGAUGUCGAGAAUUGCUCCGAUCUAUCGGAAGGAGAAUGUGUCUUGGUAUGCCAGGACCAAAAUGACCAGAUGCAAGGGUUUACAGCAGAGGGGAUCAACAAGAUUGUGGCAAUGGACGAUAACUUAUUGUGGACUGCGUCAGGCAAUUCGAGUAUCAAACGAUGGAGGGUGCCACAACGUCGUGCUGUUCGUGCAUCGUUCCUAGUUGGCGAUGCUGAAGGCGAUAGAGCUGCGUCCGAUGAAGGUGCCUCCCCCAUCGCCACGAAGUCCCCAACCAACACCACUCCAGACGGCACGGCCCCUACGUCGGGUUUGGGUCGACAUAACUCUAUAUCCCCCUCCCUCUUUUCCCUUUCAUCAGAUCACUGGCUACCUCAACGCGAGCGUGAAGGAGAAUCGACGCUUUAUGGUAUUCCAUUUGAAAGCCUUGUACGCCUGACAUCGCCGAACGACCCGUUUACUCACUACUCCGCAUCGUCAAGAGGUAGGGACCCGGAUGUAGCGACACUCUACUCCGCUGCCUCAGUCAUGUCUGUUCCGCGCAACGGCAGCAGUCGACCCCCAUAUCAAUCUGGAGCACGUACUGGAAGUCCGAUUAGGAGCGCUCGUACAGUCGAAACCCUCCACCCACAAAAUAACGCGAGGCUCGACUACGAAGUAAGAGAACUCGCUGCGGAUGCAACGCCGUUAUCGAAUACCCCGGAUGAUAUGAUCGUCGGAGACCACGGCUUGGUUAGAUCGGUGACUCUGAACGAUAGGAUGCACGCUCUGACGGUGGAUACCGCUGGAGAAGUCGCUGUUUGGGAUAUUGUGAGAGGUGUCUGUAAAGGUAAAUUCUCGAAGGAGGAUAUUGCGGAUGCCAGUCAUAGAGGGAGUGGGAGCUCUGCUUCUGCUGGAGAUAGGAAUGGGCAUCGCCCAGCUGGGCAGAAGGAACGGAGUCCAAGAGAGGCCUUGGAAGCAGUGCGGGAGCGGAUUGAGGGUGAAGCCGUCGUAGCGCCGUGGUCCACUGUCGCAACGAAAACCGGAGUCCUCACCGUGGACAUGAGCGAGAAAUGCUUUGAAUCAGAGGUGUAUGCAGAUGAAGCGGCCUUUGAUAUCCGGAUUUUGACAGUGAAUAUCGGGAAGUGGGUACUGAGGAACAUCUUUACGGGCUUUAUCCAUGAAGAGAAGCGACUACAACGUAAUCGCAAUACCGGUGCGCAACAGGACGAUAUUUUGACACCCGACCUUCGCAGAACCUCUGGAUCCAGCGAGUCGACUUCAUCUUCCCCUCCACAAUCAAGUAUGCACAUACCCCCGGAACUCCCAAGUCGGCAUUCGUCGUUUAGUCGAGUUGUUGUUCAGGCCCCAAAGAUGGUCCCCGCCAUUGUACCCAACGUCACAAAGCCCAUCCAAGCUUCCCCAUUGAUCACCCCCAUGAUCCCCCUCCAUGUCCUCGCUAACAAAGAUAAAGAUGUUACUAUGCCGUCCAUCCCUGGGUCACCCGCGGUAAACAACAAUAGUAACGAUGCGACGCCUCUUCCCACAGGACGGAGGUUGCGUGCAGGAACUCUCGACAAUCAAAACCAAACCCCCUCAUCCACGCCGAAGGACGGGGAUUACUUCUCUGCCCGGACAAGACAUGGCUCUGUUUCUGCUACUCCCACUACUGGAGGAGCACCUGCGACGCCUGAUGAUUUUUCCGGAUGGGGCGGACCCGGGAAGACGCCCACCGCUGACAAUGGGGUACCUGCACCACUGACACCCGGCGGAAUAAUGGGCAGGAUGAUGAAGGGCUUCGGAAAGGGUACCGUCAGAAAACUUACUGGCGAUACUACGAAUGGCUCUCCUGUGAUUGGUGCAGCACCAACACCAGCCGAACCGAUAUUAGUUGCGGAACCCGAGGAGAUCACCCCAGAUGCCAUUGUCCAGAAGACACCAGCGCAGACCUUACUUGCAGGACCGUUCAAUCCCCCGACGUCGGUUGAUGCUCCUCGCAAUCCUUUCCCGCAACACACUCCGGUGGUGAUAUCAGAAGAUGGUUCGCCUAGUCGCAAUAUGGUGUACAGAGGCACAGUGGGAAGUACGGGACAAGAUGUUCGAGUGCUCGAGGAUGUUAUGCCAAUGUGGCUGCUGGAGUACCUGCUAUUGAACAAGGUCCCAGAUAUUCCACUGACGAAAUUAAGUUUCGUACUGUUACCUUGGGUGAAAGAUCCUGCUGUUGAACAGUUGCCUGAGCUGCUAAACCCAGCUCAGUCUAAACUCACUGCUAGCCGCUUCCUCCGAGUUCGCAAGCUUGUGAUUCAUGUCCAAGACAAGAUCGACAAGAUCAACGCCUCGCAAAAGGGCACCAGCUCCCCACGAACUUCUUCGGAAGGUGGAGGGUCUGUACUUAAACCACUCCCAAUCCGACCUAAAGCAGAAGAUAUUUAUGAAAUCCUUUGCAAUGAUGUGCUGUUGCCCUUGGAUAUGUGCAUAGCUGCCGUGAGGCAAUAUGUGUGGCGGCAAGCAGGCGAACUAGUUAUGCACUACCGCAAGAAAAUGCCCAAGCAAGCAUUGCAGGACGAUGGCAGCCGGCUAUCGUGA